ACAAGGUCUCCUCUACCGUCGCCUCGCUGUUGGUCCGGCGGGGCUACAUAUACUCCAUCUAGUCGACGUGAACGCCACUCCACCAUCUUCUGCUUAACUAGCUACAGUUCACCAGCCAUGACGAGACGCGCUGCAGCCACCUUUAUGCUGAUGCUCUCGCUCCCGACAGCGGCCCUCAUGGUCGCCGCCGACGACGUGGGCGUCGACAGCAUCCGCCUCCCUACCGACGGCGGCGAAGGUCUCGCAACGAGCAAAGGAGGCGAGAAGCAGACACUAUCACUCCCAGUCCCUGACCAAAUAGUGGCGCCGAGGGAGCAGAACGUCGGCGACGUCCUCGAAGAAGAGGAGAGGCCGUGGGCGUGCUGCAACAGCACCGUGUGCACCAAGUCCUUCCCGCCGACGUGCCGGUGCCUGGACGAGGUCGAGGAGUGCGCCCCCGCAUGCAAGGCGUGCGAGCCGUCCGGGUUCAACCCGGCCUUCCACGUCUGCAACGACCAGUACCACGGCGACCCAGGGCCGACGUGCGCCAAGGAGGAGAGGCCGUGGACGUGCUGCGACCGGACCGUGUGCACCAAGUCGUUCCCGCCGACGUGCCGCUGCCUGGACGAGGUGGAGGAGUGCGCCCCCGCGUGCAAGCGCUGCGAGCCGUUCGGGAUCAACCCCAACCGCCACGUCUGCAACGACCAGUACCACGGCGACCCCGGGCCCACGUGCGGCAAGGACGACGACGACGAUGACCACCCCAGCGGCUCUCCAUCCCUCGCCGCCGCCACACAGAUGCAGUUGCUGCUGGUUUCUCUGAUCUUGUUGUUUAUCCAGAGUCCUUAGAUGCGUGCGUGUACUAGCAUCGCAUCAUGGUACGUGAGAUGGCGCGUUCUUCACGGACCAUGCAGCACGUAAUAAGAUUAGAUUAGAAAUCUUAGGGUGUGUCGAAUAAGAUUAACAAGAAAAAGGUCCCAUGUCAGCAUUUUCCUUUCUAUUGUAGUCCUUUCUGAUGGAUAGAUAAAAGCAGUCGCGAGGGAGUGAGCCUAGCUCAACUGGUUGGGGGAAUGGAUAUAUAAACCCAACACCUAGGUUCAAAUCCUCGUGGAGGUGAAUUUAGGUUAAGGUUGUGUGCAUCCGUAGUUGGUGGCUUGGUGCAGAGGCCGGGAAGUGAAUUCUCCCCUUCUUAAGUACUUGUGUCGUUGCACGUACGCACUUGCGUUUAGCCGAUGGACAAGGCAAAUCACAACUGUUGCGUAUCUGGGUGCGGCUCAGCCCUCAUCUCUGCAUGGUGUGGGUGCUCGCGGCGGUGCCCACUGAGUUCUUCAGCCUGCUGAUCGGUAGCCGGCAGGCGGCGGCGUGCGGCCUGCCGAUCUGCCUAAUAAAGGAGGUGGUCCUAGGGUUUUUCUUGUGUCAAGAGCCUGUCCUCAUUGAUCUGGCCGGUGACAAGUAUCUAAAGGCUACGUCGGCGAUCUUCAUUGGGCGCCUGAUGCCUAUAGAUUGCUAGAUUGGUUGGGAUUCGGUCGUAUGAACCCAUAUUUCUUGCUGUGCGGCUUCAGGAGGGAGUCACGCGAAACUUCACUGUCUGUUGCCAUCAUGGGACAUGUCGGUGUUUUGAUUUCCAUGGUGAAGAUAGUGGCGGAGAAUGUCAUAUGACGGCUGAGGUCUGAGGUCUAGUAACGGCGGACUGAGUCUUCGAGGCAAUGAGGAUUUUGCUUGGUGUUUCUUGACUUGUCACCGGAGGAGUACAUAGUCUAGUCUUUCAGUGUGAAAAUCCAAGGUCUGGCCUGAAGUGGUUGUGUUUGGCAAUGGUGUUGUUGAAGGUAUUGUUUUGAGAGUGCAGACUUUCUCCACGGUGAAAACCUGAGAUCUAUGAUUGCACGGCAACGUCACUUAUGCACUGUUUACUUUUUGGAGGCGUCGCUUUUGAAGAAUUUGGACUCAGGGUGCUGCCUUCACAGUGGUUUGUAUUGAAGCUACAUGGUUUUGAUCACCUUAGCGAGAUCUUUAGUUUUAUUUAUUUUUUAUCUUUUUUUUAGUUAUAGUUUUGUGUGCAUCUGUAAUG